UGCGGAAGGACGCGAUUUUUGAGCUUGCGGGUGAUAUAGGACGAAAAGUGCGUCUUAACUGAGUCCUUUGAGAACUUUUGCCUGUUUUUGGUGCCACGAGGGACGGACUGACGAGACCAGCGGGACAUUUUGGACGCAACGCAAACGGGACAGCGAGAAAGAAAAUCUCCAAAGAAAGGCCUGCCAUGAGUCUCAAAUUUCAACCCAGCGAGUGGUCAAAAAGUGCUGCUCAUCUAUCAGAUCAUGCUGAGGGAAAAGCAAGCAGGACUCCCGCGCUCUGACCACUUCCUGUCGACAGACACAAAAUAAGAUGGUUGGUUUGAGCCUGAAGAGGUUUUUGCUGCUGGCCGUGAGCUGCGUCUUGGGCAGCGACGCGUUAUUCUUCCGCGAGUUUUCUUCCACCCUGACGCAGUACGAGCGCCUCCUGCGCAACCCCGAGGGCCUGGCCUACGACGUGCCGACGAGUUCGUUGAGCGCCGAGUACGACUUCAUCGUGGUGGGCGCCGGGUCGGCGGGCAGCGUCGUCGCCAACAGACUGACCGAGGUGCCCAACUGGCAGGUGCUGCUGCUGGAGGCGGGCAAGGACGAGGUCCUGCUCUCGGACAUGCCCGUCUUCUCCGCCCACUUCCAGCUCACCGACUUCAACUGGGGCUACCGGACGCAGCCGCAGGACGGCGCGUGUCUCGGCUUCGUGGACCGGCGGUGCGCGUGGCCCCGGGGCAAGGGCAUGGGCGGCAGCUCCAUUUUGAACUACAUGAUCUACACCCGCGGCCACCCCAGGGACUACGACGGCUGGGAGCAAAUGGGCAACCCGGGCUGGGGCUGGAAGGACGUCCUCAAGUACUUCCUCAAGUCGGAAAACGCCAAAGACGACUUGGCCAAGUCGCCUUUCCACUCCACCGGUGGCUACAUGGACGUCGAGCGCCUCAGAUUUCGGACGCCCGUCGUGGACGCGUUCAUCAAAGGCUCGAAGGAAAUGGGCUACGAGCAAAUCGACUACAACUCUGGCAACCUGAACGGAUUCUCCAGGCUGCAGGUGAACCAACGCAAAGGUCGGCGGUGCAGCGCCAGCAAGGCGUUCAUCCGGCCCAUCCGCCACAGGCCGAACCUGCACGUGGCCAAAGAGGCGCAGGUCACGCGCGUCCUGAUCAACCCCGAGACGAAGCGAGCCUUCGGGGUCGAGUUCUUCCGGCACAACCGCUGGCACGCGGUCAGGGCACGCAAGGAGGUCAUCCUGUCGGCCGGGGCCAUCGACACGCCCAAGCUGCUCAUGCUCUCCGGGGUGGGCCCCGAAGGGCACCUGCGGGACCUCAACCUGCCGGUGGUGCGCGACUCGCCAGGGGUGGGGCAGAACCUGCAGGACCACGUGACCACGAGCGCCGUCCUCUUCACCAUCAACGACACCGUCCUGCUCAAGGAGGACCGUCUGGCCCGGCUGGAACCUUUCGCCCAGUGGCUGACCCAGGGCCGAGGCCCCAUCACCAUCGCGGGCGGGGUCGAAGGCCUCGGCUACAUCAGGACGCCGGUUGCCAAGACUGAGGAGGACUACCCUGACAUCGAACUCAUGUUCAUCGCCGGUUCCCUGAACACGGACCCAGGCACGGUGGUUCGGAGGAGCAUGGGUGUGAGCGACGAGAUUUUCGACACGGUUUUCAAGCCCAUCGUGCCCGUGGACACGUGGAGCUUGUGGCCGAUGCAGCUGCGGCCCAACAGCCGCGGCUGGGUCAAGCUGAAGAGCAAAAACCCGCUGGCGUGGCCGAUCAUGUCCGGCAACUACUUUGCAGACCCGCACGACCUGGACAUCAUCGUCGAGGGCAUCAAGUUCGCCGUCCAGUUGAGCCGGACGGCCGCCCUGCAGAGGUUCAACAGCACCCUGCACGACAUCCCCCUGCCAGGGUGCGUCGAGUUCGAGUUCAACUCGGACGAGUACUGGAGGUGCGCGGUGCGCCACCUGACCACGACCGUGUACCACCAGUGCGGCACCGCCAAAAUGGGGCCGGACACUGACCCAGAGGCGGUCGUCGACCCUCAACUCAGGGUGCACGGAAUCAAGGGGCUCAGGGUGGUGGACGCGUCAAUCAUUCCGCGCAUUCCGGCGGCGCACACCAACGCCGUCUGCUUCAUGAUUGCCGAGAAGGCCAGCGACUUAAUCAAAAGUGCUUACAGAAAAUAGUAUUUUUUUAUAAUCAAAAUUUGCUUUAACAAAGUCCAUAAAAAAAUUUAAUGUUGUAUUUAUUUAUAUUAAAAUAUAGCAAUUUUAAUUUCUCCAAGUUUGACUAGAAAAACUUGCAAUAGCUAUAAAAUAUGUAUUAAUUUUUUUUUUAAAUACCGCAAACAUAAAUUAAAGACAAAUGAUGACAGAACCUUUGGUUAGAAACGCGAAAGUGACUCAAGAAAAGUGAACAAAGAAAUCAGAAAUUUAACCUUUAAAAAGGCUGAAGAGCAAUUUUUAAAGUUGAAGACUCAGGAAUUUAAGGCCUGCUUAUUGACAUCUACAACUCCUGUUUGCGGCAAAUCGGCCCGAAAUUUUUGGACCCAGAUUUUUUUAUAGAUUCCUACCUAUCAGUAGAGUUGAUUGCACAAAGAAAAAUGGGGGGUAGCGCCGAUUAUUCUUGAAAUAUGAUUUUUUGAAUUUUUACAUUGCGUCUUAUGGAAAUUUUUGUUUUUGGUGAUUAAAAAAAAACUGCCCGAAAUUUUUUGCUCAAAAUUUCACAAAAUGAUAAGCAAAUGACCCUUAACAGAUUAGCAGAAAAAAAUUUGAGGGUUCAUGGGGCAAAAAAAUAACAUUGGGCAUAUGUGCGAUCAAAAAAAACCUCCUUGGUACUCUUAGCAUUGCAAUAAGGAGUCCUUAAUGCGAUAAACAGUGCGUUCAAUUUCUGUUACAAAAUGAACAUGAUUAAAAUAUAAUUCAUGGAAUUGUAUUGAAGGAGUUCCUUUUGCCGAUUAAUAAAUCAUUUUCUUCAUAA